AUGUUAAGAUGUCAAAGAUUGGUGGAAAAUGUAUGUGUGUUUGGGAUAUUUGAUGGUCACGGUGGUUCCCGUGCUGUUGAGUUCUUGAAGGAACACCUUUUUGAGAAUAAUCUCAUGAGGAAUCCACGGUUCAUGACUGAUACCAAAUUGGCUAUAAGUGAAUCAUACAAAGAGACUGAUAUGGACUUCUUGGAAGCUGAAAGCAAUACUUGCAAGGAUGAUGAUUCUACAACCUCAGUAGCAGUGAUAUCAGAAGCAGGAAAAACUAUACCUCUAUCUAAAGAUCAUAAAUCAAAUCGAACUGAUGAUCGAAAGAGAAUUAAAAGCACUGGAGGAGUUGUUAUGUGGACAAGAACAUGGAGAGUUGGAGGGGUGUUGGCAAUGUCCUGA